CCCCAGAGAGGAAAAGCGAUUUAUCCAAGAUCACACAGCAGGUCUCUGGAGAUAGAUCGGGAAAUCGAAGCAAAUGGACCCCAGGGGCGAUUGCAGUUUCCUCAACCAGGUGCUGGGGAGAGAGCUGAAAAUCACCCUGGUCUGCGGCACCUUUGAGGGAAUUCUGCAGCACGUGGACCCCAGCAGGAGUAUAGUCCUGAAGAAAGUGAAGAAUGUAGAAACCGGACGGAGCGUUCCCGGAGUGAAGAUGUUUUUUGGGCAUGAGAUUAAGAAUGUGGAAAUGCUCAAUGAAGAAGACCGCGGCGCAGCCAGAGGAACGGGGACGCCUGACGGGUCCGGAGACGGCAGCGGGCCCGCCGAGGAGACGCAUCCGGCCUGGAAAAAGCAGGCCCUCGUUAGGCGGCCAGGAGCCAGCGCCAACCCAGAGGGAACCAGACUGGACCGACCGAGAGAAUCGGAGCGGAGUCAGGGACCGCCAACGCCCGCUCCCCUGGUGCCGGAGACCGCCCCGCUGCGACCGCCCUACAAGUACAACCCCGGAGAAGACGGAGAGGUCGUGGCGUUCACCGUCAUCGAUCAGUUCCAGCAGAGGUUCAGCUCGGCCAUGACGCACAUCAAGAAGCAGAGUGUCCUGAGCGUGGCCGCUGAAGGCGUUCCACCGAGUCGUCACGGGACGCUCUGUUGGCUGCAGGUGGCCACGACCGCACGGGUGUAUUUAUUUGACAUCCACCUCCUGGGGCACCGCGCCUUCGAGAACGGCCUCCGGCUGGUGUUGGAGGACCGGGGCGUUCUGAAGGUUACGCACGACUGCCGGUGGCUCUCGGACUGCCUGGCCCACCAGUACGGGAUCGUCCUGGCCAACGUCUUCGACACCCAGGUGGCCGACGUCCUUCAGUUUUCCAGAGAGACGGGGGGCUACCUCCCGCACCGCGUCAGCACCUUGCAGGAGAGCUUGAUGCGGCACCUGAAGCUCCCCGCCGGACGGAUGGCUUUCCUGGGUGACCGGCAGAGGCUGAUUGAGGAGAAUGCCGGGCUGUGGCUGGUACGGCCCCUCCCGCCGGCCCUGCCGAAGGCGCUGGCCCUGGAGGCCGCGUACCUGCUGCCCCUGCGCCUGGCGCUCCUGGACGGGACCGCGUCCGACCUGACCGCUCUGGUGGACGGAUACCUCCACGCCUUCCGGGAGAAGCCCGCGGACCCGCCGGGCGGCCUUGAGGCCUCGUGCUCGGAGCUGCCGGAGGAGCCGCGCCCGCUCACGGACCAGCGGACCCUGCGUCGGGAGCGGGCCGUCCGCGCCUACGGCCUCGAUGCCGAGGGCCUCCCGGUCCGCCCCCGGCCCCGGGGCCCCGCCGAGACGGAAGAAGCCCCCGGCGGCCGGGGCGGCCAGCGGCCCCCCGGGGCGGCGGCGGCCGUCUGCCCGCGCCCCCGGCCUCCGGAGGGCGAGGGCUGGCAGAGGCGGGGAGUCGGCCGCCGCCCCGGCGGGCGGCCCGCGGCCGCCCCCCGGCCUCCGCUCCCGGCUCCGGAGGAGCAGACGGGCGCCGGGGAGGCGGCGGAGGUCCCCGCCGGGAGGAAGGAGCCGGCCGAGGCGCCGAGACGUCCGCCUCGACCCCGCCUGUCCCUGCAAGAGGAGAUCGAGCGCCUUCUGAAGGACCGGGGCGACGACCCGGGGCGUCCCCGCCGUUCCGUCGGAGCCUUGGGUUUGGGAGAGAAGGGCCGACGUCAGCGUCGGGCGGGGGAGCGGCGGAGACCGGGAACGGGCGGCCACGAUGGCGUCGGCUUGGCCGCCCGCCGGAAAGCGGCCCCCGGCCCCCGGGGCGAGGAGCAGGGUCAGCGCGUCCGCCUCGGCGGCGUCUCCCCCCCCCCCGGCUCUCCCCGCUCCACCCUGCACACGGAGGCCUCCCGCUGCAGCGCGCGGGCCCCGGACACCUGCGACUUCACUCUCCUCGCCCUUGGUUCUUUUCGUUACGUUUUCCCCGGAGGCCUCGGAUCUCCUCCGGAGGACGCUUUUCAGAGGAGGGCCGUUCCUCCGGCACGGGACGCCCCCUCGGACGUCGGACGUCUCCGCGGGACGAUGGCAGGGCGACCCGGGCGGGCGCGGGCGGGCGGGGGCGGCGAGAUGCGUCGGGCCCCGUGCGUUGACCAGAAGAAAUAA